GGACUCUGGCUCUGCGUUGAGUCAGUCCGCCGUAGCUGUGCCGACUGGAGGGAUGUGACCCCGGAACAGGACGCCCUCCUACAACAACACACCAUUCAAACAGAGCACAGAAGAAAGAAAAGCUGGACCAGGAGGGAGCCACAGGAGCAGGGGGGAUGAACCGCGAGGAGGCCCCGGGGAAGUCUCCUGAAGACAUGUACAUCCAACAGAAAGUGCGGGUCCUGCUCAUGCUAAAGAAAAUGGGAUCAAAUCUUACACCGAGUGAAGAGGCUUUUCUCCGGAAUUACGCAGGUGUGGUCCACAGUCAGAUGAGCCAGCUACCGCAGCACAACAUAGACCAGGGUGCAGAGGACGUGGUGAUGGCGUUCUCACGGUCAGAGACGGAGGAUCGGCGCCAGUGACCCUGGGCCCCCGCCUCAUUCCGCUUCUCUUCAUCCCUCCCCACCCUCGCCCCCGCCCCGCACGUGAUCCACAACAACCCAAACUCCACAAACGCGACACUGAUGAGCUCAGGAGAGGAGGGGCACCUGGGAGGGACAGAAGAGGAGGGGAAGAGACACCAGGAGGUGGCUGCCUCGCUCUCCCCCAGCCUUUUCCACCCCGGACUCCUCCUCAUACAAGCUGGCACACCAUUACCUGAGAUGCACUCAAGUGCUUCACUGUGGGUUGAAGCCUUGGCAACAAGGCAGUCAGUGAAAACACUCACAGAUUGUGUGGAUGAAUAUCAAAUGUAGUUUUUUUUUCUCUUUUUGAUUGUUUUUUUUUUUUUCGGUGGGUGGGUUGGUUUUGUAUUAUUUUGUCUGUGUUGAGACUUUAGGCAGUGUUACGUGUUAUAUCUGCUGUGGUCACUGGAGGGAUUGACCAGUCCACAGCUGAUUGGAGCAAAGAGAAAUAUAGUUUUGGUCAAGCAGCGAGUGUGAUGAUUGAUCAUGUUAGGGGAGAGAUUUUAAUUAUUUCUGCUUACCCUAAUGGGGCUGAAAUUGUUUCUGAUUUAGCUGUUGUGUUAUAAAGGCUUUUGUAUUCUGUCACACCAGGGGGCCUCAUUUAUAAACAUUCUGUGUGUAUUAAAAGAGGUGUGAAAGAUCCGCACACCAUCUCCCACGCAGGCAAAGUAGUAAAAUAAAGCAUCAUGUGUUAAUAAUUCUUCUCACACAAUUUACCUUUUUAUAUCAAAUUCUGGCCUCUUUUUCUCCUUCUUGUAGCAGGAGGUCAGUUGUAGAACCCAGACGCAGUCAUGUGUAGUGAAGUGACCUCUGACCUUUUUACCAAUAUGCAGCUACACCACAGCUAGCUAUUUUCAUGUUAGAAUCAUUCGGCUUCCUGAUCAUACAGUGCUCGCUGCUGCUGUGACUUGCUGAUUGUCUGUCAUCAGUCAAACCAGAAGUACGAACAAAAACAAAGAGCUAAGUCUACCUGACUCAAGAUCUGCAACAUUUUGUAGCAUUCUCUUUGUGAAUUAUCUUUUUAGUUCACAUGUACAAAUACUCCAAUGACAUGCUGAUUGAUUGUGCAUAUUAACACUCACAGCAAGCCUGUCAUUAAUCCUUCACACUUAAUUACGGGAGUCAACAGGGCAGGACGGCGAAACUGGUGGCGUGAUCGGUGUGAUUUAUAAGUGGAAAACUAUUUUAAGGUGAGCGCGCGCAGUUUUUCUUUCUCAUGUCCGAUCUAUUCACAGUUUUAUAGAUGAGGCCCCACUUGUUCUUCUGCUGCUUUAUUUUAAAAACCAUAGGCUGUUGAGAGUGCAACAAUGCUUUUCUCAUGAGGAAAGCAUAAGAAUUAAAGACACUAGCAGAUAUAAUCACAUCAAACACAGGUGUACACAUUCUCCCCAAACAAAUACUGGUUUUGGGUUAUUGUGACAUGUAAAACAUUUUUUUAUUGUACAGAUAGUUGGGAAAAUACAAUAAUGAAUUGAUUGUGCCAAUUGUAUUUUUUGUUGUUUUUUUAUCUGUAAGAUAAAAUUAACAUAAUGAUUAAGAAAAAUUGAUAAGAGACAAGCUGUAGUUGUAAUUUAUUGUUUACUGAUUGACUCCCAGUUCCUCCAACGCAUCAAUAAAGAUGGAGAACCAGUAGAUAGUGAAAUCCUAACACGAGUCGCUCUUUAAUGUCAUCAGCAGUGGCUCUUUAUUCACACUAAAAUACACACAAACUCUAAUUUUUAACUACCUGUAACUAAACACAUGAAGCCAAACAUAAGAACUGUGUGCUAUUUCUGACUGUACUGUAUCUCUUGCACUAUUAUCAGUGGGAUAUUUGCAAAAUAUACAUUUUGAUAUUUAGCACAGAGAUUCUAUGUUUGUUUCAAUCGAUAAAAGAAAACUUUGUAACCAUGUUUUUAUUCCUUCAGUGAUUUAAAAAAAAAAAAAAAAAACCUUCUCUGUGUUAAUUGACUCAACUGGAAUAGCUCAAAUGAAUAUUUGUUAACAACCGACAUGUUUUUCUAGUGACAUGCUCAAUAUUUAAUGUGUUUUAAGUACAGUUUGUUAACUUGUAUAACUUAAAAUAAUUGUAACGUAAUGUUUUAAAGCCAAGCAUGUCUGCCUCGUGGUUUAUAAUGUUCAUUCAAGUGGAGGGUCUUUGAAGCCUCGCCACUGUGACCAUUGUUUGUACAUUCUUGACGUUUGUGGAAGCUACUAGCUCUUUUAAAAUGUUUCAGAAAAAAAGAAAAAAAAAUUAUUUUUUUUAAUGGGUAAAGUAUUAUCCAUUGUAUCUUGUUGGCAAUAACUUCUAUUUGAAUGUCCUCCGCAAUCAUCGCAAUGUAAACUGCCAACAGAUCUGUCACGCUGUCCGCCUAUGACAAAGAAAUUUGUCUUUUUAUGUUUACUUUUGUUUUAAAACAUUCUUUAUUUGUCUAUGCAUUGGUUUUUUGUUUCCUCUAAAAGGCGUCUUACUGUACAUUUUACCUAUCAGGGUUGUUCUACAGCCUUCGUUCAAGUUGUGGAUGAAUGUCUGUGUGCGAGAGAGAGUGUGUGAUCAUCAUUGAACUUGCUACCAGUUUUUGAUUUUCAGCAUGCUGUUGAGUUUGACUAGGAUCGAUGUAUCUUUUUACUGUGAUGACCUGAUGUUGCCUACUUGUCCCUCUUUUUUUUUUUUUUUUUUUUGUUGCCUUUGUAUUUUAUUUUCCUCUCAGUUGACAUUGAUUAGUUUGUUUUGUUUUGUAUGGCUGCUGACCAUGUCUUGACUUAAUGCUUCCAAAUCCUAUACCAACUGAACCAUUAAAGAUAUUUUAAACAGUGAAA